CUAAAUUACUUACUAAUUUUGUCUGUGCCUAGAGAAGGAAAGAGGCAAAAGGAAAGGAUUCAUGAAUUGUUGGAAGGCGUCAUCUGACAUUAAUUGGGAGGAGGAGGUCUGUUCAGAAGUGGGAGAAGAAGGAGAAGUGGUUUCAUGCAUUCCAAUUAGUUGUUGUUGUUGAGGAUAGUGGAGUGGUGGGAACAAGGAUUGAUGGGACCCCUUGCUAUCCCAUCUUGGAAACAAGACAAAUCAGAUGUAUACAAAGACUAAAAUCCUUUCCCUUCAAUUAUCCUUCCCCUCCUCCUCCUCUUCUUCCUUCUCUUCCUCCUGCCUAAUCAUAACCAUUCUUCUGCAGGCAUACAUACAUAUGUGUGCCUUGAGCUGAAUCUGCCUUGAUUCUGAUUCUCUGAUUGAAUUGAAUCACACAUGAUUUUGAACUAGUGCAAAAUGGGCUUUUUCUCAGGAGUUCAGAGGUUUUUAGGUCUCCUGUCUGCAUAUGGGGUUCACUGAUCAUUGCUAUUCUUUCAAUUAGGAGAUGCCUGAAUGAGUCAGGUUGUUAGUGGUGUUUGAUGAAUCUCAGUUGAAGUAGAGUACUAGUUCUUGCAGUCAGGAGAUAAGUCAUAAGCCUAGUUGUUGAUGGUGUUUGAUGAAUCCCAUGGAAGUAGAGUAAUAGUUCUUUUGCAAUCAGGAUAUCAAUCAAUAAGCUAGGUUUUUGGUGGUGUUUGAUGAAUCCCAUGGAAGUAGAGUAACUGUUCUUGCAAUCAGGAGGUCAAUCAAUAAGAUAGGUUUUUGGUGGUGUCUGAUGAAUCUCAUAGAAGUAGAGUACUAGUUCUUGUUCUUGCAAGCAGGAGAUCAAUAAAUUAAGCAGGUUUUCGGUGGUGUUUGUUGAAUCUUGUGGAAGUACAGAAUUGAAGGAUGUGAAGAAAAUUGAAUGGCUGAUAGUAGAUCAUUAUCAAAGCAGAUGUUUAUGCAAGCAGCAGCAUCUCCAGGCUCUAGCAGACAACAACAACACCAUCAUCAUCAUCUGCAACAACAACAACAACAUCAAUACGGGAUGCUUCAAGGAAUUCCCACCUCUUGUCCUUCCAAUAUCAUGACACACACAGGAGCAGACUUUGUCAAAGACAAUCCUGGAGCAUACGACCUAGGGGAACUUGAUCAAGCUCUCUUCAUGUACCUUGAAGGAGAUCCAACGGCUAUGCAGAAACAAUACUCCGCAGAUCGACCGCCAACUCUCAACAUAUUUCCUUCCAGGCCAAUGCACUUUGAAGCCUCCCCACCGGCCAUCUCUCGGGCCACUUCUAUAUCAGGAGCCGAAAGCUUUGAUUCAGAAUCUGCCCACCACACAGUUUCUCACAAAAGAGGUCCCCCACAACUGGAGUUCGAUUCCCAGACUAGUGUGAAAAAAUCAGAACCCAUGGAGGCUUGUGACCAGAUGGGGAGAAAUAUCAGUACAACUUCUAAGGAGAUUACAUUGAAUGAAGUUGAUAAAGAUGUGAAGCAUGAGCUGCACAGGAAAGUCCCCACAUCAACAUCUGAUCCUGAGGGGACCAAAACCACAGACCCCAAGACUUUAAGAAGGCUGGCUCAAAAUAGAGAGGCGGCUCGGAAGAGUAGACUGAGGAAAAAGGCAUAUGUUCAGCAACUAGAAUCCAGUCGCAUGAAACUGAACCAGAUUGAGCAAGAGAUUCAGCGAGCUAGAGCACAGGGUAUAUUUAUAGGAGGAAAUGGGCUCAUAAACGAUCAAGGUCAUCCAGCUGGUAAUGCUGUUAUAACUUCUGAAGCUGCAGCAUUCGACAUGGAAUACCAACGUUGGCUGGAAGAGAACCAUCGCCACAUGUGUGAUCUUAGAGCAGCGCUGCAGGAGCAUCUCUCAGACGGUGAUCUGAGGCUCUUUGUGGACAACUGUGUUGCUCACUAUUCUGAAAUAUUACACAUCAAGAGUGUCGCUGCCAAAACAGAUGUUUUCCACCUGCUUUCAGGCAUGUGGAAAACUCCUGCAGAGCGUUGUUUCAUGUGGAUAGGAGGAUUCCGCCCUUCAGAACUUCUCAAGGUUCUUCUUCCACAUAUAGAACCCUUGACAGAACAACAAUAUCAGUGCAUUUGUAGUCUGCAACAAUCUUCAGUGCAAGCAGAAGAAGCCCUUUCACAGGGAAUGGAAGAGCUUCAACAAUCUCUAUUGGAAACCAUAGCUGCAGGAUCUCUAAGCUCACCAGCAAACAUGGCCAAUUACAUGGGUCAGAUGGCCAUAGCAAUAGGAAAACUUGCUAAUCUAGAAUUUUUGAUACGCCAGGCUGAUAGCCUGAGACAUCAAACUCUGCAACAGCUGCACAGAAUCCUCACCACCCGGCAAGCUGCCAAAUGCUUCCUUGCUAUUGGAGAAUACUUCUCUAGACUUCGUGCACUAAGUUCUCUCUGGUCUGCCCGACCCCGAGAAUGAAUGUAUGAAUGAAUCAUGAUAUUCACAAUGCACAUAUUUAUGUUAAAAAGAUUUCACCCAUAUUUUGAAGGUUGAAACAUGUAUUUGAUGAGGACUAGGCUUACCAGAGGUUCUCUCUGUGCUUAAAACACACCACAACUGUGUUCUUUAAUGAUUCAAUUUCGUUAUAGAUUUUGCUUUUUCCCAAACCCAUUGUUUCCCACAACAACAUUCAUUGUCACCUUUGUGUUCAUAAAGAUGUGUAUACAUGAGACUCCUAUGCAGGCUAUUUUGCAGCAUUGCGCUGCUUUUUCUAACUCAUCAUCGGUAGCAAAGUUGCUUACAGAUCGAAAAUAGAUAGCCCAUUUGUAUAUAUGCUUAUAUAUGAGAAAAAUUAAUGAUGUUAGUUUUUC